AUGACAGCCGGGACUGUGGUCAUCACCGGUGGUAUAUUAGCGACUGUUAUCCUUCUGUGUAUUAUCGCUGUUCUCUGCUACUGCAGGCUACAGUAUUACUGCUGCAAGAAGGAGGACUCGGAAGAGGAUGAGGAAGAACCAGAUUUCGCUGUCCAUUCUCGCUUUCCACCGGUGCAUUGCAACCGGAAUGUAGUCCUGGCCAAUGGCCCCUCCCUUUAUGCCUCACCUUACAACAAGAAACAACAGCACUGCCGAAGCGUCUGCCAAGGCUGCUCGCACAAUGAGCCGCCCGCCUUCCUCCUGCACCCGCCGGAGGAGGUCCGAAACGGAGGCGAACGCAUCACCUAUAAGACCAUCAGCCAGGAAGAGAUUGAACUGCCAGUUAACCUGAGCAAUUUGCAGGUACUUAAUCCCAACCGCCUCUCUGCCAUGAGGGAGGCCUUUUCCCGCAGCCGAAGCAUCAGCACCGAUGUCUGA